GGUAGCCUUCCCUUCCACUCCCCAUCUAUCUUAUCAAAAUUCGUGGUUCACAGGUGUGAGCACAUCAGAAACAACAAAGACAAGCAAGGAUAAUGGCACAAUCAGAAUCAGGCAACAAUCUUAUGGAUCAUUCGAAUGAAACUGAGACCAAGUGGAAAAUUUCUGACAAAGGUAUAGUUCUGAAAGAAACACCUGAACCAUGGAUUCCAAAGGUAUUGGACAUUGAUCCUUUGAGAGAAAAAGUACUUUUGGAUGAAAUGGAAAGAUGCAUAAUUGAGACUGAGAAAUCUGAAUUUUAUCGUAAACUUAAAGAACAAUUGCAAUCUCCACUGAUUUCUAAACACAUGCGGAGGGUUUUGGGAUCGGAGUCGAAGAUGCAAGUGAUAAUUUACGGUAUUGGCAAUAUUGAAUGGCAUGAGAAGAGAAAUAGGAUGCAACUUAGUCUUCCAAUAUUGAUGAAAAAAGACUUUACAUGGAUCGGAGAUAUAGAAAUAUUUGAUCCUAUUCUUCAAACUAUUGAAUGUCGAGUUAUGAAAGCUUUAGGCUGUUCCGUUUGCUCAUUCAAUGAACAUGGAAGGAGGGAGGCCCUAAAGCCAACUCUAUUUUUCAUGCCAUUUUGUCAGAGAACGUUAAUCGACAACCUCCUACAAACAAAUUGGAAAAUUAGUCUGUUGAAGAACAUUGUCUUGUUAGGGAACUCUUUUAAGAGAAACAUUGAUAUUUCGGUUAGGCAUCUGAAGUUAGUUUCUGGGGAUGAUCAAAAAAUAAAGAAAUCAGAUUUAGGGUAUAUUUGGGUUGCUAAAAAAUUUGCAAAUGAGUUUCCAAUCAGAACAAGAUUCGAUGACUAUGGUCUUCCUGGUUAUGAUGAAUUGCCCGGUCGUAAUAGUUUCCAUCCUUUUAAAGGUUUAAGUUGGCAUUUUUUCAGCAAUGCUACGGAGACAAAGUUGAGUCUUGAUGAAGGUUACUUAGAUGUUAAGAAAUAUUUAUUUAAGCAUAUAUAAAAUGCUCGUA